AUGCCAAAGUCUAAGAGAAAUGUUACCAUAUCAUUAACCAAGGUAAAAAAAAAGCUGAACAAGAAGGAACUCAAGGACCAGAAACUCUCCGACUUGAAAAAAAUUAUCCAAGUUCCCAAUAUUUAUAUCUACAUUCUGGAUGUUAGAACCUACUCAAAUAAUAACUUGAAGCAGGCCAUUGAGUACUUCAAGCCCAAUGGCAGGUUCUUCAUUGGAAAGAAUAAGCUCAUGAAAUUGGCCUUAGGAACAGAUGAAAAAAGUGAAGCCAAGCCGAAUGUCUGCAAAGUAGCGGAGCUCCUUGUGGGGAAUCGAAUCCUCCUAAUAACGAAAGACCCGCCCCUGAAGGUAAUAAAAUUUUUUAAUGAUUUUCAACCUGAAGAAUAUAUAAAGCCUGGAAAUAUUUGCACACAAAAUGUCACCUUAAAAACGGGAGAUGUAUUAAAUGUCCCAGUUUCAAUGCAGAAGGAUUUACAAAAAAGGAAAGUAACUUUUGACAUUGUCGAUCAAAAAAUUGUCAUAAGGGAAGAUAAAAUUUUGGCGGAAAAGGAUAAACUCGUGAGCGCGGAAAAUGCCAAAUUGUUAAGGAUGCUGAAUAUGAAAAUUGCUAACUUUGACAUUACCGUUUUGGGUUAUUGGAACUUAAAUAAAUUCGUUCCUUUGACGUAA